AUGGUGCUCAGCCUCGUUCGCAACCAAGGUAUUCCCGCCUUGGCUUAUCCUGUGAAUGAUGAAUCCAUGUUGUGGCCGUGUUCUCUAAAGAUGCUGCACUCGGACAACCAGUUUACCCUGUCUCUCGGACACUCUGUUUCAAUCCAUGGCCUUGUCAACCCGCAGCUCCUGACCCUUCGCUACGAAGGUGACAAUCUUAUCCCUGGGAACAUGUCUCUUGGAAAUGUUGAUAUCGCUCUCCCGGGUACAUCUUUGCACAGCAUCGCGCGACAUGGGAAACCUCGGCCCCGAGCGCUGUCGCUGACGCUCAAAACACCCUGUUCUGUGUGGUAUCCCUUCACUUUAGGCAAGACAGGGUCCGGCCUUCAUACCGGAUUUCACAAGCUUUUAAAGCUGGCCAGGGCGACAGAAGUGCGCAUCUUGUUUGACAUCAACUGGCUUGAGAAGAGCAACCUCGCCCGUCUUCAAAGCGCCAUCGAGGGCUCUCGCCAGCUCGCUGGAGUUCCAGCCAUUCCAGAGUUUACCCGUUUGUAUCGAGAAGCAGAUUGGUCAAUUCUCAAUUGUACCAAGGAUCCAGAGCCUGAAGCCUUGCCUUCUAUCGAGGACGCGGUAGCUGGAGCUCCUCCUCCCAUUGGGGAAACGGUAGAUGACGCCCCGCCUCCGUAUGCGCGUGUGUCGGGCAAGCGCUCGAGAAAUGCUCGCACCAGCUUGACACCCGACUCGCCUUUGCCGAAGCGUCUGCUCCAAGACCAUACAUACCCGCGCCCUCCCAAAGAACGCGCCUCUCCCGCAUCACCGUUAAGCGCAAAAUCUACAGCCUCGUCCACAGCCACGGUGCAAGUGGACAUUUUCCAAGAUCUUGUCACGUCGGCCGUCGAGAAAAAAGUACUCCCAGAUCUGAUGCGCGCACAAUUUCCCAGCAUUCUGCAAGACCUUCUUCCAGAAGUACUCGCUGGCUACUCACCCUCUCCAUCUCUGUCGCCGACACGCCAUUCCAGCCAGCUCGCGAACACGCCCACAAAACACCGUCCAAUUCCGAGUCAGAAACUCACCCCUUCGACAGUCGUCAGGUCUGUCAUAAGCGCCUACACCGAGACCCAUCUCCAAAGAAUACUUGCUGAUGCGCUCGAUCAAGCCUCGCAUCAAGCUUCUGAACUUCACAACUCAGCUAACGCAGAGUUCGAGGAUAACCUCGCUGACACUCGGCUUGACUUUGCCGCGCUCAAGGAAGACCACCUUACUGCCUUCAAUGACGAGUGCAACGAGAAGCUGGUCGAGUUCAAAGAGCGUCUGGUAGAGGAGAAAGACGAGGUUGAGGCACAUGCCGAUAGGGUGGUACUCAAGACUUGGGAUCGUUUGAAUCGAGUGGACGGUGAGGUAUGUCCUCAGUGCAAGUGCGUUUGUAGUACACGGCAUAAGCAGAGCGAGGUGAGUCAGGCGCGGAGGGCUAUAUCUCUGCCUCUAUAAGAG